AUGAUCAAGGGCGAGUCUUCAUGCAAUCCAGACUUGUAUAUGAGAGACAUUUGUAAACAAAAAUGUGAAUCUCUGCGCGCCAAUAUGUCAGCGUCCCCGCGGUCAUCCGAGACUCCGGCAGCAAUCCGCCUCCCACAAUCCGCAUGCACCGAGGGUGUGGCCACUGUUGCUGAAGCACCAGCUGUUGCUGAAGCACCCGCUGUUCCUGAAGCACCAACUGUUCCUGAAGCACCCGCAGUUCCUGAAGCACCAACUGUUCCUGAAGCACCCGCUGUUCCUGAAGCACCAACUGUUACUGAAGCACCCGCUGUUCCUGAAGCACCCACUGUUCCUGAAGCACCAACUGUUACUGAAGCACCCGCUGUUGCUGAAGCACUAACUGUUACUGAAGCACCCACUGUUCCUGGAGCACCAACUGUUGCUGAAGCACCCACUGUUGCUGAAUCACCCAUUGUUACUGUAGCACCCACUGUUCCUGAAGCACCCACUGUUCCUGAAGCACCCACUGUUCCUAAAGCACCAACUGUUCCUGAAGCACCAACUGUUACUGAAGCACCAACUGUUCCUGAAGCACCAACUGUUACUGAAGCACCCGCUGUUGCUGAAGCACCCACUGUUGCUGAAGCACCCACUGUUCCUGGAGCACCCACUGUUCCUGAAGCACCAACUGUUACUGAAGCACCCGCUGUUCCUGAAGCACCAACUGUUACUGAAGCACCAACUGUUCCUGAAGCACCCACUGUUACUGAAGCACCCGCUGUUACUGAAACACCCACUGUUCCUGAAGCACCAACUGUUACUGAAGCACCAACUGUUCCUGAAGCACCAACUGUUACUGAAGCACCCACUGUUGCUGAAUCACCCAUUGUUACUGUAGCACCCACUGUUCCUGAAGCACCCACUGUUCCUGAAGCACCCACUGUUCCUAAAGCACCAACUGUUCCUGAAGCACCAACUGUUACUGAAGCACCAACUGUUCCUGAAGCACCAACUGUUACUGAAGCACCCGCUGUUGCUGAAGCACCCACUGUUGCUGAAGCACCCACUGUUCCUGGAGCACCCACUGUUCCUGAAGCACCAACUGUUACUGAAGCACCAACUGUUACUGAAGCACCCACUGUUCCUGAAGCACCAACUGUUCCUGAAGCACCCACUGUUCCUGAAGCACCAACUGUUCCUGAAGCACCCACUGUUCCUGAAGCACCCACUGUUCCUGAAGCACCAACUGUUCCUGAAGCACCCACUGUUGCUGAAGCACCAACUGUUGCUGAAGCACCCACUGUUGCUGAAGCACCCACUGUUGCUGAAGCACCCACUGUUGCUGAAGCACCCACUGUUCCUGAAGCACCCACUGUUACUGAAGCACCCACUGUUGCUGAAGCACCCACUGUUACUGAAGCACCCGCUGUUCCUGAAGCACCAACUGUUACUGAAGCACCCACUGUUGCUGAAGCACGGCAGAGUUAUAAAUCCGUCAGCACUCAGGCACCUGUCCACCAAUCAGAGUCUCCGUCAUUAAUCAUUAAGUCGAGUCUGGUUAAGCCAGCUUACACCGUAAUAAAACUUUAG